AUGUCAACGAUGAAUAAUACACUUCCUAACAAUCAAGGAGACCAUUACAGUUGUUCGGACGAAGUCGUCCCUGAAUCGCUUCAGGGCGAAUCAACAGCUGAACUUAUGGCAGACCUUUCUCUCAGAGAAAAAGAAAAAAAUCUGAGUGCAGUUUACCUGAACGAGCGUCAGUCUGUACUAGAAAAGUUCAUCAGUUGGACGGAUCAAGAUCAGGUGGAUUUCGUCAAAACUCUUAUCCGUAGUAUGUGCCAUGAUCAACACGGACAAAUAGAUGCAUUUUUGAAACCUAUUUUGCAGCGAGAUUUCAUCGCCUUCUUACCAGAUCGACUAGCAAGGUAUGUUUUAUCCUUCCUUGAUGCUCGUUGGCUGAAUUCAAGUGAAAAAGUCGUACUUGGCGGCAAAUCAUAUCGCACGGAAAGCUGUGGCGCCGAUUGA